AUGGCCAUUUGUACGCAGCAGGAGGAAGGAGCAUCGUCAGUUGAGAAGUACAGCCCUCUCACCAAUAAAUGGAUUGACGUGCCUGCUAUGAAGAGGAACAGGAGAACUGUGAGUGUUAGCAUUCUGAUUACGCCACUACACAAUGAUAACGGGGUGUCAAACACAUUGGUGAUUUUUGUAUGUUUCAAGCGUUUCCUGCACUAUGCAUCAAACUAA